CGCUGUUCCUUUAUUAUCAUAAGCAGAUUAGAGGUAGCGGGGAACACACUCAGAUGCAGAUAACAGCCCCGCGCGCGGCCCAUUUCAACCUUGCAUUAUAAUGGACCGAGCCGCCGCAUGUCGUCUCUCUCUCUCCCUCUCUCUCCCUCUCUCUCUCUCUCUCUCUCUCUCUCUCUCUCUAUCUGCAGCUUAUUACAGCACAAGAUGGGUCUUAUGUAAGGGGGUCGCCGGGGGCCGGCGUGAGGAGGAGAGCACGUGGCUUCUCUCCGCUCCGCUCCUCCGGUUCAUUAUCAAAUGACAAACAGAAAACAAAACAAAAAAAAAUAAUAAUAAUAAGGCUUGAUCCUUUUCACUCUCAAUUAUGAUGUGAUCUAGAAUUGAAUUACUCCAGGUGUGUGUGUCCGCGCGCGCGUGCGCGCUUGAUCCAUCUUUUAAACAUUGAGGGAUUGUCUGGUUUGCAGAUUCAGACAGGCCUGUUGUUUGGAUAAUAAAUAUAUUUUAAUGCUUUAAUUUUUUCAAUCAUUUCUUUGACUGAACUUCUAAAAUUUUUUUUAAAAAGACAAGUUCACAGCCAUAUUCUCUCCACACAGAAAAGGCCUGCGUUGGCUUUUGGAGUUACUGCGCAGUUCUCCUUCUGUCCAGUAGGCGGCGCUGGUGUCACGCAGCAGGACGCCGCGCGCUGACAUUCAGGAGGAAAACAGAAAACAAGUGACUCCGACACUUCACAACUUUAAUAAAACAACAACAGAAAACUUUAGCUGCUUUGGACAUUUACAACCAUAGGAGUGAAUUAUUUAAAAAUGUCUGAUUCCAUCCUAAUGAUAAUAGUGGUGAUGAUGUGUGGGUCAGUCUGAGGCAGGUGGAGGCCUCUUCUUCAUUCACACUAAUUGGCUGACACGCUUGUUCGGCCGUGUGUGUGUGUGUGUGUGUGUGUGUGUGUGUGUGUGUGUGCGUGUGUGUGUGCGUGUGUGUGUGUGUGUGUGUGUGCGCGUGUGUGUGAAUGAGCUGCCGCCCCUUUUGUGCCAAACACACUUUAUCUUUUAAAAAAUAUUCCUCACCUUUAUUUCCUCCUCCCCUCCUCGCGCGUCUGUGUGUGUGUGUGUGUGUGUGUCCCGGUAAAGGCCCCCCCUCACCCCCUCCUCUUAUAGUACAAAGCGUUAACAGCAGCAGCGCUGUGGCGAGUGGAAGUGGAGUGGAGUUCGGGGUCUUUGUCCGGACAGAUGUAGCGACAACAUCCCAAACAAAAAACCCACCGCUUAUUUGUGCCGAGAUGAGCCCGUCUGCCUUCUGUGUGUUGGCAUUCAACUUCACUAAACAAAAGGAGCUAGGAGAGAGGGGGGGGCAUCUUGGAUUACCUUUUCCUCUUUUCAACGUUAAAAAACCAGCUCUCACUCACACACACACACACACACGCACACACACACACACACACACCAGCGCCAUUCAGCAUUUUGAGUUAACACUCAAAGUUUAUUUAAGUGUUGUUAUGUUAUCGGGUGAGUGUGUGUGUGUGGGGGGGGGGGGGUUAGUGACUUUUUGAAUUUUUGAACAACAGGAGCGUCGUUGCGGGGGUCGUGACCCGGACGUGUCAAGACCUUCAGGAGUCGAUGACACCAUUAAUGUCAUUUAUUAAACUUUUUUAAAUGUACGUAAAAAACCAAAACUUCUAUUUAACUUUUUUCUCUCUCAGCCUAUUUGAUUUCUAAACGCACAGUGGUUAUGUGUUGCUUUAGAAUUGACCCUGGAGGUCAGAAAAAAAUACAAUUGACCGUGACUUUCUCAUUGGAAAAAUCCUUUUUAUGAAUUUUUUGCAUUUGUUGGGAAACUUUUCCCCCUGCAACACAAACUAAAGUAUGUCCAGCAUAACUGCCUGCAGCUUCCUCCUCUUCCUCUUCCUCUUGUCUGGUGCUUUAUAGAAAAUAAAUAUCCACAACACUUUCACCUUCCCAGAGAAACGUAUAAGAAUCUCCAUAAGCCUGGAAAAUGGUAAAUAUGUGUAAAGCCCAUGUAUAUUUGGCUCGUAUAUGUGUUUGUGUGUGUGUGUGUGUGUGUGCGCGUGUGUGUGUGUGUGUGCGCAGCCUGUGAGUGCGAGCGUGUGUGUGUCUCGGGGAGGGGAGUGACCACGCCCCCUUAUGCUAAUCAAAGCCUCCCAUUGGCGUGUCGGGGGAGCGGGGCCGCUGCGAUUGGCCAGGUCGAAGCCAUUUAUUCGCUGUCGGCCCCCGUCACAUGAAUGGUUUGUCUAUUAACUUGUUCAAAAACUAUCGGGAGUUGUCAAGGCUCAGGCGGACUGAGGCGAAAAAGUGCAGUUUGUUGAUGCUCCAUCUUCUGCUCCCUUUUUUUUUUUCAAAAACUCCCUUCACCGGAGAAGCGACGGGAGAAGUUGCUGUUGUUUUUCUCGGCGUGUGCGCGGACGCAACAUUGCGAAGGGACCUGUUUGGGAGAAGAAGGCUCUCUGCGUCUCUCUCUCACACACACACACACUCACACACACUCGCUGAGAGGGAGCGUGUGUGGAGACGCGGCUUGUUGUGUGUUUUCGGGGGGGUCCAGAGAAAAAGUUGCAGAGGGAAAACACCGACAGGCAACUUGCAGCAGCAGCAGCGCGGCUCCUCACUGUCCUGCCGCCGGCUCCUGGACCUCCAGCCUCCCGUGGGAUUUUUCUUUUUCGUUCUCCCCCCCUCCCUCCCUCCCCCCCUCCCCCCUGUGCUCGGGAGCUCCGAGCACCGACAAGCUGUUCCCGAUGUAUAACAUGAUGGAAACCGAGCUGAAGCCCCCGGCUCCCCAGACCAACACGGGGGGCCCGGGCAACACCAACGCGCCCGGCACCGGCCCCAACCAGAAGAACAGCCCGGAGCGCGUCAAGAGACCCAUGAACGCGUUCAUGGUGUGGUCCCGCGGCCAGCGGCGGAAGAUGGCCCAGGAGAACCCCAAGAUGCACAACUCGGAGAUCAGCAAGCGGCUGGGCGCCGAGUGGAAGCUGCUGUCGGAGAGCGAGAAGAGGCCGUUCAUCGACGAAGCCAAGCGGCUGCGGGCCCUGCACAUGAAGGAGCAUCCGGAUUACAAAUACCGGCCCCGGCGGAAAACCAAGACCCUCAUGAAGAAGGACAAGUACACCUUGCCCGGCGGGCUGCUGGCCCCGGGGGGCAACGGCAUGGGCGCCGGGGUCGGGGUGGGCGGCGGGCUCGGCGGCGGCGUGAACCAGCGCAUGGACAGUUACGCAGCGCACAUGAACGGCUGGACCAACGGCGGCUACGGCAUGAUGCAGGAGCAGCUGAGCUACCAGCACCCGGGGCUGAACGCGCACAACGCGGGCCAGAUGCAGUCCAUGCACCGCUACGACAUGAGCGCGCUGCAGUACAACACCAUGGCCAGCUCCCAGGGCUACAUGAACGGCUCGCCGACGUACUCCAUGGCCUACUCCCAGCAGGGCGCGCCGGGCAUGACCGCGCUGGGCUCCAUGGGGCCCUCCUCGGCGGUGAAGUCCGAGUCGAGCAGCUCCAGCCCGCCCGUCGUCACCUCGUCGUCCCACCGCGCCGCCCCGCCGGGCUGCCAGGGCGGGGACCUGCGGGACAUGAUCAGCAUGUACCUGCCCGGCGCGGAGGCGAGCGAGCAGAGCGCGCAGACCCGGCUACACAUGUCCGGCCACUACCAGAGCGCGGUGCCCGGCACGACGAUCAACGGCACGCUGCCGUUGACGCACAUGUGAGGGAGACAGGAGCGGAGGAGGGGGGGGGGGGGGGGGGGAGAGAGGGGGAAACAGAACUUUUAUAAGAGAAACUGUUGGACUACUUAACGUUGGACUAUUUUUGUACAGACAAAUGUCGGGGUUGGGGAAAAAGUUGUACAGGAAAGUCUCCUGGAAGGAAAGAAGAAAAAAAAAAAAAAAAAGGACGCGACUCUUUCGUUUCUUUUUUGUUCCACUUCUUUUCAUUCAAAUUCAGAAGGAAGCUCGAGAGGAGCCGGUGGGAGCAUCCUCCCUUCACGUGGCGGGAGGGGGGCGUCCUGGAAGAAGCCUAGAAAGUGGGAGUCGCAAUCAAAAAUGUUUUAUGAUCGCAAUCACCUUUUGUACAGUAUUUAUCAAAGAAACAUUACAAUCAGAUGAAAUUGUUUGUUGAACUGCAAGAGGUUGCAUUUUUUUCUUUUCUUUUUUCUCUCUCUCUCUUUAUAUAUAUGAAACAAAACGAGGCCCAGUUCUGCAGGAAAAAAAAAAAGAUGAAAUAGGGUGAAAAAUGACAGAACUGUGGGAAAAAAAAUAUAUAUAUGGGAGCGAUCAGUUAUGCUCCUUUAUUUCUGAGCACAUUGGAAAGAAAAAGGGACGAAGCAGGUAAAACUGUUCAUUUUUUUUAAAAAAAAUUCAUUUAAGAUCAAUGUUACUAAACAUUUUUAAUUUCUUUAAAAAACAAAAAGAAACGAAGAUAAGACGCUCUUUUUAUUUUCCUUCCUCUCAUACAGCUUCAAUUUAUAGGUUGUUAAUUUAUAUUUCCGUCUCCCACUUUUCAUCUGUUAGAGGUAUAUGACGCGUUGUGCUCUUUCAUUUUCUAAUUGAUUUGUACAAUUUCUGUAUAUUUCCUGUGAUAUUUUAAGUUUUUAUUUCCAAAAAAAAAAAAAAAUCCAUUCCCGUAGUUGUAUUUUAAAAACGUGAGGCCUGUUAACGCAGCAGCCAACCAAC